AUGAGACUACUCUCGUAUACUGCGCUGUUGCUCAGCGCCGGGACCCUCACAUUCGGUGCUGCCGUGGGUGGACUCAUUCCUGGGGCGCGAGUCAUCCCGGCGUCUGAUACAGCGGGAUUACAGGCCAUUGGGGCCCAGCAUGGCAAGUAUGCGGACCGACAGACGGUGACGAUUCGGGCGUCGAAGAACGCGGCCGAUGAUGUGUCGGCGGAUUUUCUGUGGGGGUUGCAGCGGGCGAACCAUGGGGGACGGUUAUUGUUGAAGGAGGGAGAGAAGUAUGUUAUUGGGAAGAAGUUGGAUUUGACGUUUUUGGAUGAUAUUGAGGUGCAGUUGGAGGGGGAGAUUCAGUUCACGAAUAAUAUCACGUACUGGCAAGCCAAUAACUUUUACUAUAGCUUUCAGAAGUCGAUUACCUUCUGGCGCUGGGGUGGGCAGGAUAUUAAGAUCUUUGGCAGUGGGGUGUUGAAUGGGAAUGGACAGAAGUGGUAUGAUGAGUUUGCGGGAAAGCAGAUCUUGGAUCCCGAUAAUACCUUCUACCGGCCGAUUCUCUUCCUCACGGAUAAUGCCACCCGUGUGUCGGUCGAAGGUAUCACGCAGCUGAACUCGCCCUGCUGGACCAACUUCUUUGUCCGCACAAAUGAUAUCUCGUUUGAUAAUGUGUAUAUUCAUGCGUUUUCCACGAAUGCGUCGUCUGAUCCGGCCAACACGGACGGAUUCGACUCGCUUGUAGUGGAUAAUUUUAGUGCCACCAACAUGCGCAUCGACGUGGGUGAUGACUGCUUCUCUCCGAAGUCGAACACGAGCAACAUCUUUGUGCAGAACAUGUGGUGCAACAACACGCACGGGGUGAGCAUGGGCAGUAUCGGCGAGUAUGCCGGCGAGAUGGACUUUAUCGAGAACGUGUACAUUGAGAACGUGACACUAUUGAACGGACAGAACGGCGCACGCCUCAAGGCCUGGGCCGGCCAGGACGUGGGUUACGGCCGCAUGAACAACAUCACCUACAAGAACAUCCAGAUCCAGAACACCGAUGCGCCAAUCGUGCUGGACCAAUGCUACUUUGACGUGAAUUCCACUGAGUGUGCCAAGUACCCGUCGGCCGUGAAUAUCACGAAUGUGGUCUUUGAGAACGUGUGGGGAACAUCCUCCGGCAAAGAUGGCAAGGUGGUAGCCGAUCUGGUGUGCUCGCCAGAUGCCGUAUGCACGAACAUCACCUUGACGAAUGUCAACUUGACGAGUCCGUCGGGAGGGGCAGAGAUUGUCUGCAAUGAUAUUCAGGGGGGGAUUGGGGUGGAUUGUGGAAGUGGAAAAACCACCCUCUUGGAACAUAUUCUCCAGUCGGCGGAUCAUGGGCUACGGAUCGCGGUGAUUGUGAAUGAUAUGAGCAGUCUCAACAUCGACGCCACGCUCAUCAAAUCCCACCACCACAGCAUCUCGCACACCAAAGAAUCCCUCAUCCAAUUACAAAACGGCUGCAUCUGCUGCACGCUCCGAGGGGAUCUGCUCUCCGAACUCGCCCGUCUGACCACCCAGGAUGGGGUCGAGUACGUGGUGAUUGAAAGUACGGGCAUUAGUGAACCGAUGCAAGUGGCCGAGACGUUCACGGCGGAGUUCAGUGCCGCGAUGUUGGAAGCGGGGGGUGAUGCGGGGUUGGGGUUGGAGGGCUUGGAUGGGGAGAGUAGGAGGGUUGUGGAGGAUGUGGUAAAACAAGGCGGUCUCUCCACCCUCACAACCCUCGACACGACCGUCACCGUCCUGGACGCAUUCAACCUCCACCAUAAUCUCCACACUGCCGAGUUCCUCUCCGAUCGCUACGGUUCCGGGGAAAUCAUCCCCGAAGACGAGCGAACGAUUUCCGACCUCAUGGUCGAUCAGAUCGAAUUCGCCGACGUCAUUAUCAUUAACAAGAUCGAUAUGGUGGAUCAAUCGGUGCGGGACAAAAUCCGGACGUUAAUCGGGUUGCUCAAUCCCGUGGCCAAGGUGCUGGAGAGCAAGUAUUCGAAGAUUGAUGUGAAGGAGGUGUUGGGGACGGGGAGAUUUGAUUUCCUUCGUGCGGCGAGUGGAGCCGGUUGGUUGAGGAGUUUGCAUGAGAUGAGCAAGGUCGAGACUGCGAAUGGGGUGCGCAUGGCGCCGAAGCCGGAGACCUUGGAGUACGGCAUUAAUAACUUUGUGUAUACGGCUAGACGGCCAUUCCAACCGCGACGACUGUUUGAGUUGUUAUAUGAUAAGUUUAUUUUGUUGCAGAAUGCGGGGGGUGAUGAUGAAGAAGAAGAAGAAGAAGAAGAAGAAGAAGACGACGAAGAAGAUGAAGACGAAGAAAUGCCCGACCUGGACCAACCGACCCCCGAAACCAUCCUCGCCAACAAACGCGCCCACCCCAUCCUGCACUCGGUCCUCCGCUCGAAAGGCUUCUUCUGGCUAGCCACCCGCCCCUACCAGUUCGGCGAAUGGAGUCAAGCCGGCGCCAUGCUCACCCUAGGCUGUGGCGGCGGGUGGUUCGCCGAGUUGCCCGACGAAGCGUGGCCCGAGGACGCAGACGUGCGCAAGUCCAUCACAGAUGACUUUCAAGGCGAAUGGGGAGAUCGCCGACAGGAGAUUGUGUUUAUCGGGGAGGGUAUAGAUACGGUGGCGGUUACGAAGUUAUUAGAUGAGUGUUUAUUGGAUGAUGGGGAGAUGAAACGGUGGGAAGGGAUUAUGCGGAAGAAGAGGGUGACCAGGAGGGAGAAGCAGGAGAUGAUGGCGGGGAUUUGGGAGGAUGGGUGGGAGGAUUGGCCGUCGUUGGAAAAGGAUGAGAUAGAGGGGUCGGAAGAAGGGGGGAAGAGAAAGGCGAGUGAGUUUUUGCAGGGACAGGGGCAUGGCCAUGGACAUAAGCAUCAUGGACAUGCGCAUGUACAGAAAAAGUGA